AUGGAACCACGGACAAUACCACCAAAGAACCACGGACCCGACGCCCCGACGCCCGACGCCCCGACGCCCAGACGACCAAACGCCCCGACGCCCGACGCCCCGACGCCCCGACGCCCGACGACCAAACGCCCCGACGCCCGAGCCCAGACGACCAAACGCCCCGACGCCCCGCGCCAAAGGCCCAGCGCCCCGACACCCCCGACGCCCCGACCCCAAAGCCCCGACGCCCAGACGCCCCGACGCCCCGACGCCCCGACGCCCCCGACGCCCCGACCCGACGCCCCGACGCCGACGCGACCCGGGGUCCCCCAAGAUCGUGAAAGCUUAAUAGAUUAUCCACGGCGCAAAAGAAAGACCUUGUGGGCAAAACACCCCAAGCCCAACAGCCCCACACCAACGCCCCCGACGCCCGACGCCCCGACGACCGACGCCCCGACGCCCCGACGACCAACGCCCGACGCCCCGACGCCCCGACGCCCGACGCCCGACGCCCGAGCCCAGACGACCAAACGCCCCGACGCCCCGCGCCAAAGGCCCAGCGCCCCGACGCCCCGACGCCCGACGCCCCGACGCCCCGACCCCAAAGCCCCGACGCCCAGACGCCCCGACGCCCCGACGCCCCGACGCCCCGACGCCCCGACGCCCCGACGCCCCAACCCAGACAGAACCGACGCCCCGACACCCCGACGCCCCGAGCCCCGACAACCCCGACGCCCCGACGCCCGACGCCCCGACACCCCGACGAACCAACGCCCCGACACCCCGACGCCCCGACGCCCCGACGCCCGACGCCCCGACGCCCCGACACCCCGACGCCCCGACACCCCGACACCCCGACGCCCCGAGCCCCGACAACCCCGACGACCCCCGACGCCCCGAGCCCCGACCCCCGACGCCCCGACCCCAAAGCCCCGACGCCCAGACGCCCCGACGCCCCGACGCCCCGACGCCCCCGACGCCCCGACCCGACGCCCCGACGCCGACGCGACCCGGGGUCCCCCAAGAUCUGAAAGCUUAAUAGAUUAUCCACGGCGCAAAAGAAAGACCUUGUGGGCAAAACACCCCAAGCCCAACAGCCCCACACCAACGCCCCCGACGCCCGACGCCCCGACGACCGACGCCCCGACGCCCCGACGACCAACGCCCGACGCCCCGACGCCCCGACGCCCGACGCCCGACGCCCGAGCCCAGACGACCAAACGCCCCGACGCCCCGCGCCAAAGGCCCAGCGCCCCGACGCCCCGACGCCCCGACGCCCCGACGCCCCGACCCCAAAGCCCCGACGCCCAGACGCCCCGACGCCCCGACGCCCCGACGCCCCGACGCCCCGACGCCCCGACGCCCCAACCCAGACAGAACCGACGCCCCGACACCCCGACGCCCCGAGCCCCGACAACCCCGACGCCCCGACGCCCCGACGCCCCGACACCCCGACGAACCAACGCCCCGACACCCCGACGCCCCGACGCCCCGACGCCCGACGCCCCACGCCCCGACACCCCGACGCCCCGACACCCCGACACCCCGACGCCCCGAGCCCCGACAACCCCGACGCCCCGACGCCCCGAGCCCCGACACCCCGACGAACCAACGCCCCGACACCCCGACGCCCCGACGCCCCGACGCCCGACGCCCCGACGACCCCGACACCCCGACGCCCCGACGCCCCGACGCCCCGACGCCCCCCGACGCCCCGACGCCCCGACCCCCGACAACCCCGACGCCCCGACGCCCCGACGCCCCCGAGCCCCGACAACCCCGACGAACCCCGACGCCCGACGACCCGACGCCCCGACGCCCGACCCCAGACGCCAGAACAUACAUGGAUCAGUGUUUUUGAUCAUUGUUGACAUGUUGGAAGGGAAGAUGGCCACCUUCUCUGAGGUCUUCGAGAGGUUGAACGCUCUAGUCCCCAGUAUCAACUUUAGUGUUGAAUGGAAUGAUAAAUUAUCCUUUCCAGGCGUGCAAGGAAUAUGGAGUGACCCGUCACUGGGCUGCACCGUGUACUGGGAAGACACACUUGAAGCCAUCAUAAAGAUGGCUGCAGAGGCCCGGAACGACGUGGAGUAUGCAGCCAGCUACACAACACCGACAUACGCAAAUAUCUGCAUAAAGAAGGCAAACCAACAAACGCAUAAUGUCCAAACUGCUGGGAUACACAUCAUGCCACAAGCCUUUGGAUCUACCCAGCAAUCCAAAGCCACAACUUCUAGACCACAAUCGACCAGACCCUCUGUUAAAACCCAGUGGUACACUCCUCGGCAAGUCCGAAUAAAUGAAAAUAAAAAUCGCCAACAGACUAAAUCACCAACUCCUUCCAAUCUAAACAAGAACAGGACCUCGAAUAACUGGAGAAAACAAAGCCAUUGCAACAAGAACCGAAUAGAUCAGGGCAGCAAAAGGAAUACACCUGCUAUUGCCUCCAAGACCUCCCAAGCACGAAUGACGAUCCCUACAUCAUCAAAUGUCCCAAGACCUUCAGCAAGAUACUUGAAAAGCAUUCCAAGCACUAGAACAGACCAACCCUCAGUCAAAGAAGUAAAUGUUAACAGAGUUAAAAAGACUACUGAAACUAUUUCUUCCACAAUUCUACAAGCUCUACCUGAAAAGGUUCACGAAGUAGAAGUCGAAGAAGGUGACGAAACUGAAUUGUUUCAGCACCCAAUAGCAGUCUCCACUCCAGCCAAGAAGUCGUCGGGGAAAUCUCCACUUUAG